AUUUAGCCCAGUAGUAGUUUAGAAUGAGUGACUGGAAGAGACACACCGACACAUAUAGCCAGCGCAAAUUCUAUUAGAUACAUUUUCUCUGACCGGUUAUUGCGGUUUUGAAUAUACCUCUUCAAUCAACUGCGAAGACUGGGCCAGUUGAUUUAUUUUUUCUCCUCUGUAAACUAAGAUUGGGCAUGACCAUGGGGGCCAGGCUGUGGGUGUAGCCACUGAGACAGCUGGGGGAGAGCGAGAGAGGAGGAAAGGCAAGCUAGCACCAGCCAAGCACCCUGCACUCCUCCUGGGAAAGAUGGGGGAGACAGAGGAGGAGAAGGACCAGGCAGGGAAGCUGUUUGAGAACUUCAUCCAGGCCUCCACCUGUAAGGGCACCCUGCAGUCCUUCAACCUCCUGUGCAGGCUGCUGGAUCUAGACCCUCAGGACCAUGAGACAUUCUACUGUAGUCUGAAGACCAGGCUCACCUCCUGGAGGGCCAAAGCCCUCUGGACCAAGCUGGACAAGAGAACCUGCCACAAGGAGUACAAGAAGGGCCAGGCCUGUGUGGGCACCAAGUGCCUUAUCAUCGGGGGAGGCCCAUGUGGCUUGCGGACGGCCAUCGAGCUGGCUCUGCUGGGGGCCAAGGUGGUGGUGAUUGAGAAGAGGGACACCUUCUCCAGGAACAACGUGCUGCACUUGUGGCCCUACACCAUCCACGACCUCAAGGGCCUCGGGGCUAAGAAGUUCUAUGGCAAAUUCUGUGCUGGAGCCAUAGACCACAUCAGUAUUCGUCAACUCCAGCUCAUGCUGCUGAAGAUCGCCCUGCUUGCAGCUGUGGAAUUCCACGUCAAUGUGGAGUUUGUCAAGCUGCUGGAACCUCCAGAAAAACAGGAGAAUGACGGGCCUGGCUGGAGAGCUGAGAUCAGGCCUGCCGAUCACCCCGUGGCUAAUAUUGACUUUGACGUGGUGGUGGGGGCUGAUGGGAGGAGAAAUACCCUGGAAGGUGAGAUCUCUGGAGGGAUGGGAGGGGUGCGUCACCUGUACAUCAAUGGAGAGCUGCCAGUGAAGUCGUGCUCUCUGGAGCGUAAUGCUACAAUACGUCGCCCUGUGAACCUGGCCAGACGAGCUCUGUGGAAAAUAUCAUACCUUUUAAUGUACUCGUGUUUCUUUGCAGAUUCUAGAGGGGCCGACGAAAACAGUGAAGACUAUCCUUCCAAGGCAGUCAGAAGUAUGAACAAAGUUCUGGUACCAAGAAAAAGGGUACCGAAGGAUGAGAAGAAGCUAGAAGAUACUGACCCAACGUACAAAAGGAGACGAAAAGUCUGCAGUUAUUUGGAAGAGGCAACCAACUUCUCCAGUCAGAGUGCGUCCUGUGUGGGUGAGGGGAGGGAGGUGAAGGAGAACAAGGUCCGCUCCAUGGCCAGCCAGCUCCUGUCCAAGUUUGAGGAGAGCAACCCCAGUUUCACCCUCAGGAGACAGGGUUCCUUGCGGAGGGAGUUCCCCGGGUCUGGUGACMAGUGUCACUCCUGUCAGAAGCGCGUGUAUGUGGUGGAGAGGAUCAGUGCUGAGGGACUUUAUUUCCACAGGGAGUGCUUUCGCUGUGACACCUGUGGCUCCGUCCUGCGCCAGGGAGGCCAUGCCUUCGACUCUGAGCAGGGCAAGUUGUACUGCAAGCUGCACUUCACACAACGUAAAUAUGGAAUGAACCAUCGGAGGACAUUCAAUUCACAUCUGGGUCAGAAUGGAGCCGGGGUUCAGGAGGGAUCAGAGACACAGACUCCCAACGGUGACCCAACAGAAGGCCUGCAGAGCCAGUCACCAGGUACCUUCAGCUCCCGCCUGAGGAAGAGCCUGAGCUGGCCCCUGAGUGUGACCCGGGCUGUGUGUGACUCCCCCCGCCUACUGUCUCGGUGGGUGCAUGGUACGGCCCAGGCUGUGGGCCUCCACUUUAGGGCCAAUGUGCAGGACUAUGUCUUCAUGUAUGAGCUGCUGAGCCUGGGAGUGCCCCUGCUGUUCAUGCUCCAGGAGGUGCUGCUGCAGAUGUACUCUGAAACCGGGCCUGUCUCCCAGUCCAUCCAGCCCCUACUGCUGUGGCUGGAGGAACACCUGGGCCACAGGCUCAUGUAGAGGCCCACUAGGGAGGGAAGCCUAAUCCUAACCCUAUCCCUAACCCUCGUGCAAUAGGGUCUGAAGCCUGGCCGAACAUUAACUGGUGUAUGUUGCAUUUGUGCCAUGUCAUAUGACGGCAAGCUACCGUUUGACCAUGUGUACAAGCACCUUGUUAAUAUUUUCUCACAGAAUAUGUAGCUGUCAGUGCAUUAGAUAUAGUCCUACACCAACCAAAGAACAAAUAACAUUUCCCAAGCAGUAUCUUGGUUUGUGAUACGUGUGGUAGUUUUUCAUGAACAUUAUAUUUUUCUUUAUGAUGAGGGGUAAUGURCUGUACAUGGUUUCAUGGUGGUCUAAAUCAUUUACGGUAUGUGGUUGAUAUGACUGCUGAAAUCAUCCAAUCUAUAUUGCUCUAGAGUUGAUUCUUUCAACAACUGGCUGUCGUAAUUGAGCCAGUUUUUACAUGGAUUAACUCAGGUUAUGACAGAGUUUUUGUGCGGAAAAAGUAAUCUAAAUGAAAAGACUGACUUGAAGCACUUUAACUUGGGGAGCUGCCUUUACCUGUGGCUGAUGCCUGAUGAAUGGUGUGGGAGUUAAUGGCUGCCUAAUGGCUGUCCAGGCCUUGGAUAAUGACUAGUGCUGACUCUGCAUGUUUACUAAACCCUGCUGAACUCACAGGUCAGGGUCGGGGUCGGGGUCAGGGGCCAACGUGGAUCUGUGCUUGACCAGAUUUUCUCAUCUUUUUUUCUAUUUCAAUAUUGUUUGACACAAGUUUACAUUUAAAAGUUGUUAUUGUAAGAUUUCCUAUGACACCAUGACCGUAGUGUACUUUCGCUACACAUUAUGAUAGCUUUUAUUGCUUUAUUUUAUGGCCCAGUGCCUCCAGUAUUUUUGUGCAUUGUCCAUUGUACUUAAAAGGGGAAGAGGUUUCAUGGCCAUGGGCUUUGGUUUACUACUCCAGUUCAUGGACUGUUUAAUGCUGCCACCUGUUGGUGAAACAGAUGCAAGGCCAAAUUCAAUUUACUGUAUGAUGAGGUGGAAUAUGGGACAAUCUUCUAAAGAGUUGAUGUAUGCUUGUAAUAGAAGUCUUUCUUCAUUUUUGUUAAGUCUAUUUCACUUAAAUAUGUUUUUCAUAAUGUUACGAAUAUUGCUGAAAGGAGUUGUUCAGKAGGACAGAAUCUGACAUGAUAACUCAGGCUAUGUUUGAAUGCUGUGGUGUGUAUGUGCUUUCCUGAACCAGAAGUUACAUAAUUCAUGCAGUACACUGUACAGUGCUAAAUUGUGUGUUGUUGAGUAGCACAAUCUCAUGUUUUCUCAAUGCCUUUUCUUUGACUAUCUAACAAUUACAAAGUUUCAAUACAUUUUAACUGGAUUUGAUCCUUCCUCUGAUUUCUCUCUGUAUUCUAACCUAUAUUUCCUUCCUUUAAUUUCUCCUCAUGUUCACUUGAAGUCUGUUUUCAACUUUCUGAUGAUGAGCCUUCUGAUUGGUUAGGAGACAUGCCAUUCUGAAGGUGAUCACCUGCAUGGUCACAUGGUUUUCUGAAUAAUGUUUUGGAGUGAACUGGUCAGAUUAGUCCCAGUUACUGUCAGCACUUCCACACACAAGUAAAAAUUGCUUCUAACCCCUGUGUUUGAGCUACAGACAGCAGUAUUUAAGCAUUGUAUUUUUCUGUUUCGUCUGCACACGGCGAUACCAACCAUUCGCCGAUGUACUUAACGGGGGCUGAACUAGAGCAGUGUUUGURAGACAAYGGCGGUUCCUGAAAACGGUUCUUCUCACAAAAAUGUCUAAUCUACAAACUAUUAUGAUCCUACUAUCGAAAAGCUGAGACUCAUAAACACGCAAGUGUACUCGCGUAGACAGCUUUCUGUCAUGCAGAGGCAUGCCACUCUUUCUUAAAUUAAUGCAUUGAAUAAUGUAUUAUGGGACUUCUAAUGCAGCCUGCUUUUCUCAUGGAGAUUCUGUGUUGCUUUAUGUAUGACCUAAAGCAACAAAUGUAAAUAAAUGAACUGAGUUAUUUGUCAUCUUGA